CUGGUUGAGGUACGAAGGUGUUUCAUUUCCUCAGAUACUAAUGGUUUUGAUGCUAAAUAAAAGUUUUUCGUCACGAUGCCCGGAUGAAAGGAAUUGCACCGAUUUCGAAAUGUUGCACGUCCGUUAUGAUUUAGUUUUAGGUCUGCACAAUAAAAUUCGAAGUUAUGUCGCAUCUGGGUCGCUUAAAUUAGCACCUGAGUCGUAUAAAGCAACAUCUGCAAGUAACAUGCAACUUAUGGGAUGGAAUACUACACUAGCAGAAAUGGCAGAAGAGUGGAUUCGGUGUUGUAUUCAAAGAAAUGAUUCAAAUCAGUAUGAUGAGUCUCUUAAGAACGAAAACAUAGGACAAAACGUGAUAACUGUUAGUGGGCUGGGGGAAGAAACGGCAUUAGUAUUGCAUUGGUUUAAACAAAUUGAACGUGUAAAUAAUAUUAUAUACUCGAACGAUACUGCUAAAAGGAUUGGAGAUUUCACCCAAAUGAUAUGGGCAAAUACAUUUGAAGUAGGAUGUGCUAUGGGUAAAUAUAACAGUAGUGAUACUAAUCAAUUAGUGACCAGGAUGGUUUGCAAUUAUUAUCCGAUGGGUAAUAUCGUUGGCGAAAACAUUUUUGAAAUCGGUGCACCGUGCAGCUCGUGUCCAGGCUUAUGUGAUAUGGAAUUGGAAACAUUAUGUUUGUUAGAUUUACUAAUCGCAAGUGACGAAAGAGAACCCGGUGUUACACAUAUACGAGAUAACAUAUAUGCAAUAAAAAAUAAGGGCUUUUAUAUGUUGGGAAGGGGAAUAUGGAAAGGUAGAAACUGCAGAUGUGAUUUUCAUUUCUCCGAAGAAGUUGAUGAUUUAUUGAUUACUACAGAGAAAAGUCAGAUAAUUAAGUCCUCUGUUUUAUUAAUAAUAAUUGUAUUAUUUUGUAACAGUAUCAUUUUAAAAUAAUGUGUAUUAAAAUUGAUUAUUCAAGUUAAUUAUAAUAAAUAUCUUAUUGUCAUUC